AUGAAUACAGAUCAACAAAAAGUAAGCGAAAUAUUCCAGAGCUCAAAGGAAAAAUUGCAAGGUGAUGCAAAGGUGGUAAGCGAUGCUUUUAAAGAGAUGGCUAAUAAGGACAAAAACAGCGACAGCAGUGGCGACAGCAGUCACAAACCCGAUUACCAGGAGCAAUACAAUAAAUUAAAAGGGGCCGUGAAGAGGGAAGAGUAG